GAGACCGUUGUCGUAAACCCUGGUGUUUAUGUACUUGCUCUCCUCGAGUCGAACGAGAACUCCGCGCGACUUCGAGCUCUUCUAGCAGGAGGAGAAAACCGAGACCUCGCACAAAAUGGCGAGGGGUUUGAAGAAGCAUUUGAAGAGGCUUAAUGCCCCAAAGCAUUGGAUGCUGGACAAGCUUGGUGGUGCCUUUGCCCCGAAGCCAUCUUCCGGUCCACACAAACCAAGGGAGUGUUUACCCCUCAUUCUGAUCUUAAGGAAUAGGUUGAAGUAUGCUCUUACUUAUCGUGAAGUAAUUCAAUUCUGAUGCAAAGACAUGUCAUGGUUGAUGGAAAGGUCAGGACUGACAAGACCUACCCUGCUGGUUUCAUGGUAUGUUGUAUCAAUACCUAAGACUAAUGAGAACUUUCGGCUCCUUUAUGACACCAAGGGAAGCUUCCAUCUCCACUCAAUCAAGGAUGAGGAGGCUAAGCUAUGCAAGGUCCGGUCUGUUCAAUUUGGUCAGAAAGGCAUCCCUCAUCUGAAUACUUAUGAUGGUCAUACAAUUCGUUACCCAGACCCCCUUAUUAGAGCCAACGACACCAUUAAGCUUGAUCUGGAGACUAACAAGAUUGUAGAUUUUAUCAAGUUUGAUGUUGGAAACGUUGUUAUGGUGACUGGUGGAAGGAACAGGGGACGUGUUGGUGUUAUCAAGAACAGGGAGAAGCACAAGGGCAGCUUUGAGACUAUCCACCUGCAAGAUGCACUUGGUCACGAGUUUGCAACUUGCCUUGGCAAUGUCUUUACCAUUGGCAAGGGGACAAAGCCAUGGGUUUCUCUUCCCAAAGGCAAGUGUAUCAAGCUCAGCAUCAUCGAGGAGGCAAGGAAGCAGCUUGCUGCCUCUGGUGCUGCUGCUACUGUCUGAGUAUAUAGCUUGCUUCCAUAUUUUGUCUGGGAUAUUCAGAUGGGUUUCUUUGCGGAUAUGCAAGGAGGAUGUUGCCCAUCCCUCGAGCAAAUUUUGAUGGUGCCCACUCUGUUCAAGUUUUGUUCGCUUUAGAAUAGGGAUGUCAGACUUUUUGGUGAUCUUAAAUUUAAUUAACAGCAAGAUGUUUGCAUGGUUUCUUGUUUACUCAUUAAUAUAUUUGAUUAGAUCUGUUCAUAUAAUUGUUUUUAUGACUAUUCGAGUAGUUUCUUGCUUAUCUUAUUUGUUAGCAGUUCUGUGAUGCUUAAAUCUUAGCAGCAAAUGUGCUGCUGCUGCUUUCUCAUCUUUCUCAUCUAUUUUCAUUCUGCCAUUGUCUUGCUGUUGGUGCCCUUAGACCUUGCUGGUGUGGCUGCUUGUUGAUGCGAUCCUGGGAACAGGGAAUUGUGGUGUUGGUAGGGGCCAUGAUGCCCUGAGUUCUCCGGUAAAUCGGAGACCACUUCUUGAUGGUGUGAUUGUGAUCGGUGGUCCAAGGCGCGGGGAUAAGAGACGAUAUGGACUCGCGCGCAAGAGACAGAGCAUGAUGCACCAUAAAGAUGAACAGACUGUGUGGUAGGGAUGAGACCACAUUCACGUACUGCCAAAACUGCAGGCAGGGGAGUUGGAGGAUGAAAGAAACCCGUGGUUUAUCGUUCAGCAGGUGAUAAUUUUUUAAAUAUAAUUAUUUUUCUACUAUACAGAUGGAUUUGUAGAAAUAUUGUUUUUAGGAUAUAAAGCUCACACUUUCUGUACUUCAGGCUGCACCCUAAGUAUGCCCAUAUAUUUACUAAUUUUGUGUGUGAGAGAAUGAGGUUGUAAGAAAGAAGAGAAUGAAGAGUUGUCUGUAUUAUAUAUAAAAGUGAAAAUAUUAACUCUUUGUGAGAAAAA